AUCAAGACUUCCUCCUCUUAGCCCUCUUUCUCAAUACAUCAACAGUUCAACUCUCUCGAUUCCCAUAAUAAUGGUGAUCGAGUUAGAAUCCCCAGUUGAAAAAUCUAAGAUGGUUGAGUUCCUCUCCCAAGUCUUCAUACCCAUCAACGAUCGCUUCUCCUCCAUCAUCAUCACCGACGAAAAGGGUGUGCAGAGAUGGAAGAAAGUUGAGAUUUCCAUUGAAGACCAUAUCUUCUUUCCAACUUUCCCUUCUUCCGUUCAAACCUUAGAAGACUACGACUCUCUUCUUGACACCUACGUGUCAAAGAUAGCAAUGGAACCAACCUCAGAGGGUCUUCGUCCUCCAUGGGAAGUCCAUGGCUUCAUGUACCCAACCAGUAAUGCGAAGGGGACAGUUGUGUUCAAGCUGAGCCAUGCCAUUGGAGAUGGUUACUCACUCAUGAGUGCUUUAUUUACUAUUUAUAAGAGAGAAGAUGAUCCUUCUCUUCCGGUGACUUUGCCGGAAUUUAAACCUAGACCCAUCGGAGGAGGAGGGUUAACAAGGUGGUCUAGAAUGAGGAGUUUUGUUUCGAUGUGGGUUAAUACAAUUAGAGAUUCUGGUUUGAGCUUGUUGCAGGCUACCUUGUUGGAAGAUGACAAGACUGUGAUCCGAUCGGGAAAGGUUGGGGUGGAGUUUGAACCCAUUUCCAUCUCUUCUGUUACCUUUUCUCUCGAUCAAAUACGCCAUAUCCAGGACAAGGUUGGAGGGACGACUGUGACUGAAGUGAUGACUGGGGUGAUAUCGUACGCCAUCCAACUCUACGUGCAGCGAACUGGGCAGGUCUCUAAUGGUGCGGCACGCAUGACUGCGUUGGUGGUUGUGAAUGCAAGGAUGUUGAGAGGGUUUAAGAGCAUUGCAGAGAUGCUAAAAGCCCACAUUUGGGGGAAUCACUUCAGCUUAUUGCAUGUAGCUCUUCCCUCUACAUCUUGUGAGGAUCUCAACAACUUUGAUCCCUUGGAGUUCAUCAUCAAAGCCAGGGAUGAGCUGAGGAGAAAAAGGAAUUCAUUGUCUCUCUACUUCACUAGCAGGAUAUGGAACAUCAUUAGCAGCAUUAAAGGCAGAGAGGUUGCAGCAGGGUACGUCCAUGCAAUCUUCAAGAACACAAGCAUCUCAAUAUCUAGUUUGAUUGGUCCUUCACAGAAAAUGGUGAUAGCAGAUCAUCCUAUCAGCAGUUUCUACUAUACUGUGGCUGGCGUUCCUCAGAGUCUGAUAUUCACUAUUGUGAGUUAUAUGGGAGUUAUACAUUUUAGGCUAGCAGUUCUAGCCAGACCGUGCCAACUUGAGAUGGACAUAUAUAUAUAUACCUUGGGAUAA